AUGGCUUCACUUGCUACAGCGCAGUCUUCCGAUACCCCCGCCGAAUCUUCCACCGGCGGGGUAGCCACCCCAGCCCAGGAUGCUGUUAGCAACAGCUCAGGAACACCAGGCGGAAAGGAAAAGUCGGAAAGAGAACUUGAAAAAGAACGAAAGAAGGCCGAGAAGCUGAAGAAGUUUGCCGAAAAGGCUGCGAAGAAGGCUACUGCCGCUCCCGCCCCCGCGAAACCUGCCGAGAAGAAGCCAAAGAUUGAGAAGGACAAGACGACCGACGCCUACGACCCCAAGGUUAUCGAAGCCGGCAGAUAUGAAUGGUGGGAAGAGCGAGAUCUGUUCAAACCUGAGUUUGGUCCUGAUGGCAAGGUGAAAGAUGCCGGAUACUUCGUCAUUCCGAUUCCACCCCCCAAUGUGACUGGAGCUCUUCACAUGGGCCACGCCUUGACAAAGGCUCUCCAGGACACCAUGAUCCGCUGGCAGCGAAUGAAGGGGAAGACGGUGCUGUAUCUCCCGGGAUACGACCAUGCCGGUAUCUCCACGCAGAGCGUUGUCGAGAAGAUCCUAUGGAAGACGGAGAAGAAGACUAGGCAUGAUAUUGGGCGAGAAGCUAUGAUGGGCAAGAUCUGGGAGUGGACUCACAAGUACCAUGACAGCAUUACUGCCUCUCUCCGAAGGUUGGGCGGUUCUUUCGACUGGUCCAGGGAAGCCUUCACUAUGGACGAGAACCUUUCUGCUGCCGUUACCGAGACUUUCGUCCGCCUCCAUGAAGAGGGUACCAUCUAUCGUGGGAACCGUCUUGUGAACUGGUGUGUUGCUUUGAACACAUCCCUGUCCAAUCUUGAGGUCGAAAACCGAGAUCUCGAGGGCCGUACUUUGCUGGAUGUCCCCGGAUAUUCUAGAAAGGUUGAAUUCGGUGUUUUGACCCACUUCCUGUAUGAGAUCGAUGGCACGGACGAAAAGAUUCAGGUUGCAACUACAAGACCGGAAACUAUGCUCGGUGAUACCGGUGUGGCUGUCCACCCUGAUGAUAAGCGAUACCAAAAGUUCAUUGGAAUGAAGGUUAAGCACCCGUUCAUCGACCGAUUGCUACCAAUCUUUGCGGACGACAAGGUUGACCCUGAAUUCGGUACUGGCGCUGUCAAAAUCACACCAGCACACGAUUUCAACGAUUACAUUCGUGGAAAGGAUAACAACCUCGAGUUUAUCUCCAUCAUGAACGAUGACGGCACAUUCAACGAAAAUGCCGGCCCCUUCGCCGGAGUAAAGCGUUUCGAUGCCCGUUACCAGGUCAUUGACAAACUAAAGGAGAAGGGCCUGUAUGUGAAGUGGGAGAACAACCCCAUGAAAGUACCACAGUGUGUCAAGUCUGGUGAUGUUAUUGAGCCCAUCAUGAAACCACAAUGGUGGAUGAACAUGACCGAGCUUGUCAAGCCUGCCAUCAAGGCCGUUGAAAGCGGAGAGAUCAUUAUUCGCCCCGAGAGUGCGGAGAAGAGCUACUUCCGAUGGAUGAACAAUAUCAACGACUGGUGCUUGUCAAGACAGCUGUGGUGGGGCCACCAAGCUCCCGCUUACUUCGUUGAUAUUGAGGGCGAGAAGGGUGAUGAUGCCGACGGCAACCUGUGGGUGACCGGCCGCACCGAGGAAGAAGCAAGGGCCAAAGCGGAGAAGAAAUUCCCAGGCAAGAAGUUUGUUCUGAAGAGAGACCCCGAUGUCCUAGAUACUUGGUUCUCCUCCGGCCAAUGGCCAUAUUCCACUCUUGGAUGGCCAAAGAAGACUCAUGACUUUGAGAAUCUCUACCCCGUGUCUAUUUUGGAAACCGGAUGGGACAUUCUUUUCUUCUGGGUUGCUCGAAUGAUUAUGCUUGGAAUCAAGAUGACUGGACAGGUUCCAUUCAAGGAGGUGUACUGCCACUCCCUCAUCCGAGAUUCUGAAGGCAGAAAGAUGUCCAAAUCACUGGGUAAUGUCGUCGACCCCAUUGAUGUCAUGAACGGUAUUUCCCUUCAAACGCUGCAUGAUAAGCUGCUAGAAGGCAAUCUUGCGGAGAAGGAGGUCGCCAUUGCAACCAAAUUCCAGAAGAAGGCUUUCCCCAAGGGUAUUCCAGAGUGCGGUGCUGACGCCCUGCGAUUCUCGCUGCUCGCAUACAGCACUGGUGGCGGUGAUAUCAACUUCGACAUUCAGGUGAUUCACGGUUACAGAAGGUUCUGCAACAAGAUCUACCAGGCCACCAAGUUCGUCCUUGGCAAACUAGGAGAUGAUUUCAAGCCCCAGGCCACUCCCAGUAGGACCGGCAAGGAGUCCCUUUCCGAGCGUUGGAUCUUGCACAAGUUCAACCAGGCAGCAAAGGUUACCAAUGAAGCCCUGGAAAACCGUGAGUUCUCCGUUGCUGCCAAUACCAUCUACCAGUACUGGUACAGCCAACUGUGUGAUGUCUUCAUUGAAAAUUCCAAGUCACUGUUGCAGCCCGAUGCAGACCCAGCAGUCCAGCAGUCUGCCAAGGAAACUCUCUAUACCGCCCUUGAAGGUGCCUUGACUCUCAUCCAUCCAGUCAUGCCUUUCGUGACAGAAGAGCUGUGGCAGCGUCUUCCAAGACGCCCCGGCGAUGAGACUAUCUCUAUCAUGAAGGCCGCUUACCCAGAGUACAAUGCUUCAUUUGAGGAUCCUGCCGCCGAAACUGCCUAUGAGCUGAUCCUCAACACUUCCAAGGCUAUCCGAAGUAUCCUUGCUGAAUAUGACGUGAAGACAAAGGGAGACAUCCUUAUCCAAGCAUAUGACGCUACUAGCCACAAGUCUAUCGCCGAAGAAGCCACCAGUAUCAAAUCUCUGAGUGGUAAGAACAUUGGUGAAAUGACUGUUCUCGAUGCAGACAACCGAACCCCUCCGGCUGGCUGUGUUGUUUCACCUGUUGGCGCCCAAGCUGCUAUAUAUCUCCAGGUAUCAGAUGAAGUCAGACUCGAGCAGGAAGAAAAAGCCAAAGCCAGUCUCUUGAAGCUGCAGGAAACUAUCAAGAAGCAGCAGGCAAUUAUCACUGCUCCGCAAUGGAAGGAAAAGGCCAAGCCUGAAGUAAGAGAGCUUGAAGAAAAGAAGCUGGUGGAUGCUCAGGGUGAGGCAGCUCGUCUUGAAGAACAGAUCCGCGAGUUGGAAAAACUCAAGAUAUAA